AAAUACCACUGGAUAACAUCCGUAUGGAAAAAUAAUAAAAUUUAUUGACUCCAAGAGACUGGAGAAAGUGUGUACUACAGAAAACCGGGAUGUGUUACAGCGUCAUAACCAAUUCCAAACACUCAGGUUGCCCACGUGUUUCAGUGUUAUCUGCUUCAAAAGGAAACAAUCCAUUCGCAGACAAAAUGUCUGCUCCGAAUGGUGGAAUACCGUCAGAAGAAGAAAAGAACUUUUUUAAUAGCGUACAGAUUCCAUUUCCAGAAGUAAUUGAUGGAAAAAUUGAUACUUUACAAUUUUUAGAGUCUUCCAAAGGGGUUGCUAGUCUUAUAGAUAAAUUUGGCAAAGUAUUUGGUCCUGUGAAAUAUGACAUGACAGGCAACAUUGAGAAACUUACUCAGCGAUAUGACACCAAUAAAGAUAAACAUAUGUACCUGAACAACAUGAUUUUAAGUGAAAAGGAGUUAGGUGGAAAUUAUGCAACAGAUGCACUUCUGUGGCUGAGAAGAGCCCUUCAUUUCAUCCAUAAGUUCUUCCAUUGUAUAUUAGAAGAUUCUCGGCAAGGUAAGAAAUCUGAAGACUUGAUUCCAUUUCUGAAGAAAGCCUACAAGGAAACACUAGAAGCAUACCAUGGCUGGAUGGCCCAGAAAUGUUUUGGGCUGCUAUCUCGGAUGUGCCCCUCACGAAGUGAGCUGAUGAGGACGUUAGCUUUAGGGCGAGAAAAUCGUGAGGAGGCAGUGCUACGUGAAAUGGCAAUCUUCCUUCAAGGAUUAGACUCAAACAUACAAGCAAUUAUACAACUUUAUUUAGAAAAUGAUUUGGAAUCCAAUGCUAAAGUUUAAAUACACGUUUACUGUGCUAAUCAGAGUUUUUAUUAUCCAUUUAAAUUAUCAACUAAUGGAGCACAAUAAGGGGUAAAACUGGGUUUCUGAAUGCAUCAGGGUGGCUAGGUUAUUCAAUAUUUUCCAGCUCAUUGUGAUAUCUCUCACUUUUUUAUAACUUGGAAAUGUUUCUAAGUAACAAUUUCUUUUAAGUCCCUAAGUACUAGUGAGAAAGAGAUGGUGAUAACUAUUUUGCAGGUUAACCCUUUGUGGUCCUAUGUCGGACUGAGUCCGCCACAUAUUUUACAAAUUUUUUACGUGAUCUGGAGUCAAACUGAGGCUGGCAGUGUCAGCAUAUCAUUCAACCUUCUUCUUUGCACUAGUCCUAUCCAAGUUUUCCUGGUAAGACUUUGUGUAACUUACAAUAAUGGAAGGAGGCAGGAGGGAAAGGUCGUUUUAUUCUGAUACAUGUCCAAGGAAGCCAGGAUUCCACACCAAGUGUUUUGCCAUUCAUCAUAUAAUGAAGGAAUACCAUAUAGUAUGUCUAGCUGUCAUAUUUACUCAGAAUAGAAGUAUUUUAUAUCUGAUAAAGUUAUAAAACAAAAAUCCCUUCUUCCUAGUAGGAUAUUAUAUUUUUUUAAUUAUUUUUGACGCAUAUAGCAAUCCACCACUGACAUAUGCAUAUUCAUUCAUAUUCGUAUCAAGCAUUCUUUAGUGACUUCAUCGUUUACACUUCAAGUUCUGUUUCACUUUUGUGGUGUUGAACUUGGUAUUGAUCUUUAAAACACAAUCAGUGCAAAAGGAAGCAUAGCUCUGAGAUUAUGAAAACCAAUGCUUAUACAUUGUAUAUCUGCAUGCAGUAAGAGAUGCUUAGACGUCGCCAAAGUCAUAUCUAUCGACUUGGACUUGCUUUGUUCUCUACCGAAUGACAUUAAGCAGAAAGUCAACAGUUACUCUACGUCUCACUAAUGACAGUGGUACAGUCCGUGAAAAGUAUUUCACAUGGUCAGUAUUCAAACAAGGGGGACUGUGAUCAUUUCAGAACAUAUUUCCACCAUAUUUAGCAAAGUUUCUUCUGUUUUAUGCACGUUAUAAAAGAAACUCAAACCAGUUCAUAAUAGUAGUUGAAUUUAUACAGCUUAGUGGUAUUUAAAUAGACAGCAGAGAGCCAUAGUUAUAUUUAAAAGGGACCGCAAAGGGUUAAUAAGUAUCACGCUUUAAGAGAAAUGUACAGUUUUUUAGAUUUUUUGUAUAAGCUGAUUAUUGUAUUGCAUUUUAUAUUGGUACUUAAUCAUGUAAAUCAUUUGUGCCAUAUGACAUGAAACUGUGGCCUAUGAUAGUGAGGAAUAUUUAUAAAGUGUAUGUUAAAUAAUUCAUCUUGAGUUUUCCAGUACUGUAAACAUGAAUGUGAAUGAGAUUCCCAUCCAUGGAUUGCAAAUUAUGCAACUAUGGAAGUACAGUUGUUAAGCCACCACUUUGGAUAUAAAAUAUGUAGUGUGUAGAAUACAUAAAUUUAAUCUGUAAGAAAGUACAGAUAAGGAGUUGCUCAAUAUUAUUGUGAUGCACACAUGAGGUAUCACUUGAUUUUUCAAGAUUCUGUUUUAGUAUAUGACACUGAAAGCUAUGAAUAUGAAUAUAAAAUAACAUGAUUUUUCCAAAUGGAAACUCAGUUCUGUAAAGCAUGGGUAAUUAAUAUUUGAAGAAUAAACAUAAACUUUUGAAAUAA